AAUGCUGAGAAGGAAACCACUUCAAUUUCAGCUGGGGAAAAAUAAAAGGACCAGAGUGCUAGUUUUGAAGAUGAUGAGUUUACCCAAUAAUUCACUGAAUGAUACAACAAAAAGAAAAGAACUAGCGAUAAUAAAGACAUCCCUUUACUUGUUUGAUUUCAUCUUCAUUACUGCAGUUGGUUUGUUUAUAUUUAAGACAGUGCAGCAGAACUCUGAAAUGAAGAAAAAAGUUCAAUACUUUCUCUUGUGCCAUCAUCUUCUAUGUUGUUCUUUAUUCUCCUGUUUUGGUGUUGCGCACAAUACAAUACGAGCACUUGCUGUGGAAAGUCCCAAAAUUGUAUUCUGGAUAAUCUUUGGAGUUCAAGUAGCAAUUGGAGAAGGAGUACUAAUAACUUUGACUUUGAUGACACUUAACAGAUGCUUUGCUGUUUGCUGGCCUUUUAGAUACAUAUCCUUGGUGCAUACAGUGAAACACAAAGUCAUGAUUUGUGUUUGGAUAAUAACAAUGUUCAAAUCUAUGUGCUUGUUAUUGAUAGAAGGCAAAGACAAGUCUCCAGAAGAUAUGUUUGAAGUGGUACCUUCUUGCUCAAUUGUCUUGGAUGGUCUUUUUGCCAGAACAAUGGGAAUUAUUUUAAUUUUAUUUCUUGGGGCCAUCAUCAUAAUUAGCUACUGCCUCCUAUGUAGAGAAGGAAAACAUGCUGGUCAUUUCAAUAGCUCAAAUAACAAGGCCAGAAAAACUAUAAUUAUUCAUGGAUUGCAUUUGAGUUUGCUUCUAUUUCCACCUUUGAUAAUAAUCGCUGUUAAAAGACCCUCUGAAAAUUUUAUUUUAAAUUUAACAGCUUUUGUUGUUUUCUCAUUUGCCCAGUGCUUUAGCCCUGUGGUUUAUGGUCUGCGAAACAAAGAACUGCAAACCAAGCUAUUCAACAGGCAAAGAAUUAGUUUAUGUACUGGCCGCAUGAUAAAUGGUAGAGACAUACAGCAGCCUCAGUUGAAUGACUGA